AUGCCUUCCCGCCUCGCUGCUGCCGCUGCGGUAACUUCCGACGAGAAGACGAAGCCACCGUUUUCUGAAGUCUACCUGCCACCGUUGGGGCUCCAACUGCAUUCCAUAAACGAAUGGUCCUUCUUCGAUCGUUUUCAUCUCGCCAUUGAUAUCAAAUUAUCAAUCCCUUUUCUAGGGUUUCUUCCCCUUGCACACUUACAAUCUCUGGUUUCAGGUCUUACAACUCGGUUGAGCGAUUCUGAUAAUUCUAGGGGUUUCUUAAAGGUCAGUCGAGCAAUUCUCCGGAUUGUAGGGUUUGUUUACAGGGUUUCAAUUCUGACACAAGAAGAACUGAAAUUCAUCGAGACAAAUGGGUUAAAACUUUUAUCCAAGUUAUAA